GUGGCAGGAGGCGGAGGUUACCGUAACCGCGUCAGCUGGACCAGCGGCUGCCUGCUGGCUUCUUUGCCGGUGUGCGCUUGGGGAGCAUGGAGGAGACGAAGACCCAGACAACAAACCGCGCUCACGUCCUCUUUGACCGGUUCGUACAGGCCACCACCUGCAAGGGGACCCUCCGGGCCUUCCAGGAGCUCUGUGACCACCUGGAACUGAAGCCUAAGGACCACCGCUCCUUUUACCACAAGCUCAAGUCCAAGCUGAACUACUGGAGAGCCAAGGCCCUCUGGGCAAAGUUGGACAAGCGGGGCAGCCACAAGGACUACAAGAAGGGGAAGGCGUGUACGAACACCAAGUGUCUCAUCAUUGGAGCCGGCCCCUGUGGUCUCCGCACGGCCAUUGAUCUGUCCUUACUGGGCGCGAAGGUAGUCGUUAUUGAGAAACGAGAUGCCUUCUCCCGCAACAACGUCUUGCAUCUCUGGCCAUUCACCAUACAUGACCUUCGAGGUCUAGGGGCCAAGAAGUUCUAUGGCAAGUUCUGUGCUGGAGCCAUCGACCACAUCAGUAUACGCCAGCUUCAGCUAAUACUUUUGAAGGUAGCCUUGAUCCUAGGCAUUGAAAUCCAUGUCAACGUGGAGUUCCAAGGACUCGUACAGCCUCCAGAGGACCAAGAAAAUGAACGGAUAGGUUGGCGGGCACUGGUGCACCCCAAAACCCAUCCAGUGUCAGAAUAUGAGUUUGAAGUGAUCAUCGGCGGGGAUGGCCGCAGGAACACCUUGGAAGGAUUUCGUCGGAAAGAAUUUCGUGGCAAACUGGCCAUUGCCAUUACAGCAAAUUUUAUUAACCGAAAUACAACAGCAGAAGCCAAAGUGGAAGAGAUCAGUGGUGUGGCUUUUAUAUUCAAUCAAAAAUUUUUCCAGGAACUGAGGGAAGCCACAGGGAUUGAUUUGGAAAACAUCGUCUACUAUAAAGAUGACACGCACUAUUUUGUUAUGACAGCCAAAAAGCAGAGUUUACUGGACAAAGGAGUGAUACUGCAUGACUACGCCGACACUGAGCUCUUGCUCUCCCGGGAGAACGUGGACCAAGAGGCUCUGCUGAACUAUGCCAGGGAGGCCGCGGACUUCUCCACCCAGCAGCAGCUGCCGUCCCUGGACUUUGCCAUCAAUCACUAUGGACAGCCCGACGUGGCCAUGUUCGACUUCACGUGCAUGUACGCCUCUGAGAACGCAGCUCUGGUGCGGGAGCACAAUGGACACCCGUUGUUAGUGGCUCUAGUUGGGGACAGCCUACUAGAGCCUUUUUGGCCGAUGGGAACAGGAAUAGCCCGGGGCUUCCUAGCUGCUAUGGACUCGGCCUGGAUGGUGCGAAGUUGGUCUCUAGGAAGGAGCCCCUUGGAAGUCCUGGCAGAGAGGGAAAGCAUUUAUAGGUUGCUGCCUCAGACCACCCCUGAGAAUGUGAGUAAGAACUUCAGCCAGUACAGCAUAGACCCUGUCACCAGAUACCCCAACGUUAACGUCAACUUCCUCCGGCCAAGCCAGGUGCGUCACUUAUAUGACACUGGAGAAACGAAAGACAUUCACCUGGAAAUGGAGAAUCUGGUGAAUUCCCGAACUACGCCCAAGGUGGCUCGCAAUGAGUCUGUGGCCCGCUCAAGCAAAUUGCUGAGCUGGUGCCAGAGGCAGACGGACGGCUAUGCUGGGGUGGACGUGACGGACCUCACCACAUCGUGGAAGAGCGGCCUGGCCCUGUGUGCCAUUAUCCACAGAUACCGCCCCGACCUGAUAGACUUUGAUUCUUUGGAUGAGCAAAAUGUGGAGAAGAAUAACCAGCUGGCCUUUGAUGUGGCUGAGAAGGAGCUGGGCAUUUCUCCCAUCAUGACAGGCAAGGAGAUGGCCUCGGUGGGGGAGCCGGACAAGCUGUCCAUGGUGAUGUACCUGACCCAGUUCUACGAGAUGUUCAGGGACGCACUCCCAUCCCGAGACGCCUUGGACCUGAAUGCUGAGGAGAAAGCUGUCCUGAUCGCCAGCACCAAAUCCCCCAUCUCUUUCCUAAGCAAACUUGGGCAGACCAUUUCUCGGAAGCGCUCUCCCAAGGACAAGAAGGAAAAGGAUGUGGACGGUGCUGGGAAAAGGAGAAAGACCAGCCAGUCAGAGGAGGAGGAUGCACCCCGGGGCUGCAGAGGAGGAAGGCCCAUGCUGGUGAGCACGCUGACUGACCGGCGGAUGGACAUGGCCCUUGGCAACCAGAACAAAGUGAAGUACAUGGCAACCCAGCUGCUGGCCAAGUUUGAAGAGAAUGCGCCAGCACAGUCCACAGGCGUGAGGAGACAGGGCUCGAUAAAGAAGGAGUUCCCACAGAACCUGGGGGGCAGCGACACGUGCUAUUUCUGCCAGAAGCGGGUCUACGUGAUGGAGAGGCUGAGUGCCGAGGGCAAGUUCUUCCACCGGAGCUGCUUCAAGUGCGAGUACUGCGCCACCACCCUGCGCCUCUCAGCCUACGCCUACGACCUUGAGGGCGGUAAAUUCUACUGCAAACCACACUACUGUUACCGGCUGUCCGGCUCUGCACAGAGGAAGAGACCAGCAGUGGCUCCUCUGUCUGGAAAGGAGGCCAGGGCGCCCCUGCAGGACGGCCCCGCCACAGACACCAGCGGACGGCCCAGCGCCGGUGCCAGCCCUGCCGAGAGAACUCCAGGUUCGAGUGUGAAUGGCCUGGAGGAGCCCAGCGUUGCCAAGAGACUGCGGGGCACCCCGGAGAGGAUUGAGUUGGAGAACUACCGCCUGUCGGUGAGGCAGGCAGAGGGGCUGCAGGAGGUGCCCGAGGAGACGCAGGCCGAGCACAACCUGAGCAGCGUGCUGGACACGGGGACAGAGGAGGAUGUGGCUAGCAGGUCAGCCUGGGCCGGCAGCCAGCGGCUACAGCAGAACACAAGUCCAGCCGAUCCCUUGGAGAUCCAGGCUGACGUGCACUGGACACAUAUUCGCGAGAACAAGGAGGAGCAAGUGGUCCCAGCCUCUGAGUCCUCUCCUUCUGGAGCUCCUUUUGACGAGGAGGAGCUGGAGGAAGACGCGGACUCAGAACCAGUGGAGAGAGAAGGGGAGGCUGUGGAGAACGGGGACACGGGGGACACCGGUGCUGAGCUGGACGAUGAUCAGCACUGGUCUGACGACGCCCCAUCCCUGUCAGAGGCCGGCACGGAGCUGCAGGUGCAGCACCAGGCGGCGGCGGGAGCCAGGCUGGAGCUGAGGGUGUCGGAAGGCGGGGAGGAGACACCUCCCGCCACAGCAGGGCGCGGAGAGAGAGGUCCCUCUCAUGUCUCCAGCCCCAUCUGGCCCCCUGAGGAGCAAGCGGCCCUGCCAUCCCCAGCCCACAGCCCCGGGGCACAGAGCGCCCGAGCCCUGCUGGUCUCUGCUGUUUCUGCUACCACUGGGGUGGGGCUACCCACGGACAGCCCCGUGCCUGAGCCCCCAGCCCCCCAGGGGGAGCCCACAGCCGGACCACCUGUCCAGUUACAGCCGGAAGCCAGGACGCCACCCUCGCCUGCCAGCCCACAGCACCGGUCCCCGCUGGCCUCCCUCCCCAUCUGCUCUCAGCCCCAGCCCUCCUCCGAGGCCACUGUGCCGUCCCCCACUGUGUCCCCUAUACGCUUCCAGCCCGUGCCAGCCAGAACAUCCACCCCACUGGCCCCCCUCCCCGCGAAGAGGCAAGGGGACACCAAGGACACACUGGGCAGCCCCCUCGCUGGGGAUGAGGCCCUGAGGCGCAGCGACCUGGUGGCGGAGUUCUGGAUGAAGAGCGCUGAGAUCCGCCGCAGCCUGGGGCUCACGCCCGUGUGUCGGGGCCCCACACCCACCCUCCAGCCCGUGUCCCCAAAGGUCUAUGCAGCUGAGAAGUCCCCACAGGGUGAAGGGCUCCAUCUCCUGAAGCCCCCACCUAUCCCCACCCCUGGGUCCCCACCCGAGAGGGAGCUGACGAGUUCACGGGAGGAGCACAGAGAUCCAUCCAGCAGCUCUGGGCUGGGCCUGCAGGGCAGCUCCUCCCACACCAGGACGCCAGGCAGCCAGAGCCUCAACACCUCGGACUCCACCAUGCUCACGCCCCCCUCCAGCCCACCACCCCCACCCCCCGACGAAGAGCCCGCGACCCUUCAUAGGAGCAGGAAGCCAGCCCUCGUUGGGGAGCCCCAAGCCCUGCCACCCCCACCAGUCACCCUCACUCGGCCCCACCGGGAACCCACCCAGCCCCACCGUGAGGAGGCACGGAAGUCAUUCGUGGAGAGCGUGGACGAGAUCCCCUUUGCGGACGAUGUGGAGGACACGUAUGACGACCGGACAGAGGACUCAAGUCUGCAGGAGACAUUCUUCACACCCCCCUCCUGCUGGGCCCUACCCGAGAAGCCACCCCAGCUGCCCCAGGCCAAGGAGAACGGUAGGGGGCCGCCAGUGGAGAGUGGGGCCCAGCUGCAGAAGCGGGGGCUGCCGCUGGUCUCCGCAGAAGCCAAGGAGCUGGCCACCCAGCGCAUGCGGGCCCGGGAGAAGUCUGUGAGGAGCCAGGCCCUGAGGGAUGCCAUGGCCAGGCAGCUGAGCCGGAUGAAGGAGGACACGGUGGCCACGACCCCCAAGAACCCCCAGACCCCUGUGUCCCUCAGAACUGCCGCUGGCCCCUCUCAGGGCAGGGGACCUGGCCCCCAGGGCCCUGCGGAGCCCACCCUGAGGCACGAGGCCGUGAGUGAGGAGGUCCUGUCCCCUCCCUCGGACUCAGGGGGCCCAGACGGCUCGGUCACCUCGUCUGAGGGCUCCAGCGGGAAGAGCAAGAAGCGGUCGUCACUCUUCUCUCCCCGCAGAAACAAGAAGGAGAAGAAGCCCAAGGGUGAGGGCCAGCCCCCAGAGAGGCCCAGCCCCAGCCCUCUGGAGGAGGUAGCCACCAAGCCCAGGUCCCUGUGGAAGUCUGUCUUCUCCGGGUACCGGCGGGACAGGAAGAAGAAGGGGGACGACCGGUCCUGCUCCAGCACCCCUUCCAGUGGGGCCACCGUGGACACCAGCCAGCCCAGGGCGUCUCCUGUCGUGAGAGCAGAGCUGCGGCCGCGGCACCAGCGGAGCUGCUCGGAGGACUCGGACCUCUCCAGCGAUGACGUCCUUGAGAGGGCCUCCCAGAAGUCCAGGCGAGAGCCAAGAACUUACACGGAGGAGGAGCUGAACGCCAAGCUGACCCGGCGGGUGCAGAAGGCAGCUCGGAGGCAGGCCAAGCAGGAGGAGCUAAAGCGUCUACACCGCGCCCAGAUCAUCCAGCGGCAGCUGGAGCAGGUGGAGGAGAAACAGCGGCAGCUGGAGGAGAGAGGGGUCGCCGUGGAGAAGGCGCUCCGAGGGGAAGCAGUUGAGCCCAGUGGCGGGACUCCACGGCGUCGACCUCUCUCCUUCUGCCCUUGCUGUGUCCAGGAAGGCAUGGGCAAGAAGGACGAUCCCAAGCUCAUGCAGGAGUGGUUCACGCUGGUGCAGGAGAAGAACGCGCUGGUGCGCUACGAGUCGGAGCUGAUGAUCUUUGCCCGGGAGCUGGAGCUGGAGGACCGGCAGAGCCGCCUGCAGCAGGAACUCCGCGAGCGGAUGGCCGUGGAAGAUCACCUGAAGACGGAGGAGGAGCUGUCGGAGGAGAAGAGGAUCCUGAACGAGAUGCUGGAGGUGGUGGAGCAGAGAGAUGCCCUCGUGGCCCUGCUGGAGGAGCAGCGGCUCCGGGAGAAGGAGGAGGACAAGGACCUGGAGGCCGCCAUGCUGUCCAAGGGCUUCAGCCUGAACUGGUCCUGAGUGCCGCCCAGGCCUUGGCUGGUCUGUGCAUCCACCUGACCCAGGCUGGGUUCUCCCAAGGUCCGAGAAGGCCUGGCGCCUCCUGGGAGUUUGCACUCAAGUGUCUGUGUGCCUCUGAGAAGCAGUCAAGCGUCCGUGCUGUGGGGCGCCCCAGGUGAAGACGGUUGUCUGGGUGGCUCAGCCUCCUUGGGAGAGGCCACCUAGACCUCGCGCUCUGGAGAGAGGAGCAGGGAGCGUGCGACGUGGGUGUGGGGAGGGAAACCUGAGUCCUCGGCAGGGCGCGGGUGAGGACACGGGGACCCCACAGGCGUGUCUGGCGGCAGGACGUGGCUCCUCCUGCUCCCAAGGCACUAACCAGAAGCGAGGCGUGACGGGGCCCUGGGGGAGUGGCCGUGGCGGGGAAGCCGAGGCUGGGCUUGCUCCGGCUCCAGAUUCGUCACACGGUCAGGAGGCCCAGUGGCCUGAGGCCUGAGGCUGCUGCAAUUUGCUUUUAGUUCACAACACUGGAAAAUAAUGCCUUUGGGGGCGAGACGGCCCUGAGUCCCCGGCCCUGCGGUCGGACAGGCUUGUCCUGGGCGCCUCACUUUGGGUGAAGGCUCUGCUCCUCCCUUCAUUGUUCCUGUGUUUGCACCGAAUGAAGCUGACAGCCUGGCGAGACGCACGGUAGCUUCAUAUCCUCUCUGUCAAUUAACUUAUUUUUUCAGUACUUGAAGCAACUUCAUUUUUGUAUCUUUACCAGAGACACUGGUGGCCUGGCACCUGGGGUGGUGGUACAGAGGUGUGUCCCCACCGACCGAGCUGGUCACUCUAUUUAUUCCCCUCCUCCGUAGUGUUGCUGCCCCGGAGGCCUCGGGUCAGCUGAGACCCCCAUGUGGGUCCCGGCACCCGCUGCCUGUCCUCCACCCGGCGCCUGACGUCUGCGUCUGCACCGCUUGCUCGUCAAGGACACAUUUCAGCACCUUGGGAGCCAGGCCGCACAGCUCAGGUGCCAUCGGCCCUCCCUGUUGAAAUCCUGGCUCUGCAAAACCCACUUUUUCUCCUCAGUUUUGGUGCCAAGGUUUCACCUCCCACAACUCUUACUAAAGGAAGUUCUAGGCUGGCUGUACCAGCAGGUGUGGGACCCUGCUCGGACCCACCUAGUGGAGAUGCGCUGUUGCGGCAUGGGAAGGGCUCUGGCCUGAGCCCUGCACACACAUCCUGGGGGCACCACGGAGCCGGCUUCUGCCGUGGGUCAGCCAGGGACCAGCUGUGUCCAGCUCACAGCCGCUGUCAGAAUCCACGGGGCUGUGCUUGCCGCAGAGCAGGAGCGCACGUCCAGCCAGGAGCGUUCCCAUCAGUGCCAGGCCAGCGUGAGGCCCUCCAGCCAAGUCCUGGUGGGGAAGAGAGGCUUCAUGGCCGGACAGGUGGGGCAUCCACAGGAACCACCGCGUGCCUCAGCUUAAAGUCAUUCUCACCGCAGAGGAGCAGAAAGCUGUCUUCUUUGCUUCGUCCAAAGCCACCACGCUCUCCUGUGGAAUCCAGGAGACGUGCUGCCCCAGCCACCACAGUGCUGACCUGGCCUCCUCACUGCCCACUCUCUGAGUGAGGGGAUAGGUCUCCAGUUUCAGUCUCUGUUCUUAAAGGGGGACCGGAGGGUGGUCUAGAUUCCAUCUUUAAGCCCCGAUUCAUCGCCCGUGUGGCCUUUGCCUGACCUUCCGCCCACCUAGCAGGUGCUUCGUGCCUGCUGGGCCCGUCCCUCGCAGUCCCUGCCCACCCGGGAUGAGGACGGGUUUACAGAGUGGCUGCAAGAGACGCUGGAUCCAGCUGUGAGGCCUGAUGCAGCAGGAGCACCAGGUGCUGGGCCCGCCCUUGCUGCCAGCCAGUGCCCUAGCCAGAGAAGCGUGUGGGGCCUGACGAGCUCAGCCAGCCCAGCCCCUGGCAGCGUGGCAACUGCAGGGUCUAGGAAGCACUUUUCCCAGUCUCCCAUUUUGUAACCACUACUUGCAGGUCCUUUUCGUGCCCUGCUGACGUGCUGCAUCAGUGUGUCUGACUCUGGACAUGCACGCAGCCCUUCCCAAGAGCCAGGUCCCCUUGAAGGCCGGGCGGCAGGCUCUCUGUGAAACGCCAGUGUGUGAGCCCAAGCCCCAGGCCAGGGCAGGGCCACCAGGUUCAGGUCCGGCUGAGGGGCAGCCCUGCUCAGAUGGCGUCCUCUGGCCUCUGCCCCUAGAGCUGUCCUCCAGCUGUCCUUGACCAGCAACGAGACACUAUCUUUUCAAAAGAGCAGGGAUUUUUUUAGUGGGGCAGAACAUGGAGAGUUUAAAGAAAAAGAUUAAAGGUGGUAACAACUAAUCUACAAAGGGAAAUGGGCCAUUUUGUGCACAAUAAAAGUUUUUGAAAGAAAGCGUAA